GAGGGCAUGUUCAGGAGCGUUUUAUUUUGUAUAGGAGUUUCAAAGUAGAACUGGAACUGAAACAUUCACAUCCCCAGCAGAGCGUUUUGUUUUAUAAUUUCGAACAGCUUUGUUUUAAAAUUUAAAACUUUUAUACGACGCCGUUCUAUUUGUUGCUGAUUUUAAAACACAUUUAGAACUGUGUUUUAAAUACUUGCAAAGUUUUCAGCACAGACACUUAGACUCGAUACACUGGGGAAAAAUAAAUUUGAAUGCAGUAACGCUGAAGGCAUGGCGAGACAUGAAUUUUAAAUUGAAUAGAACAUCCGCUAAAACUGCUGCUGGGGAGAGCAAGUUCUAGUUUUAAAAUUUUCAGUUUUAUAUUAUAGAACUGUUAAAAUUAUGAAUCUAGAACUGAAACAUUCCUGAACAUGCUCUUAGGGGCAAACGUAAAAGCGAGUUAUUGACGGAAGAAAAAGUAAAAAAGGAUACUCUCAUUUGCACUUAGGCCUUUUUCAUGUGUUUAUCUAGAAAUGUAUAAUUUCGUUAGAUAAUAUCAAAAAUAUAUUUUUCUUGUGGUUUACAAACUAAACUAUUACGACUAGCACUUGCUGAAUACAGUAUUUCACAGAAGGUGACUGAUGCAUCACUAGUUCUUUUUGACGAUACGGGAUUGAAGGAAAUAGGUAUCACCGCAAAAGGGCCUCGCAUGCUAAUAUUAUCGAUAAUUGAUUCACUGAAAGAUAAUCAGCAAUCGCGCCAAAGUGAUGGUAAUGCUGGAACCAAUAUUAUUAGCACUGCAGAAGAGAACCUGCGAGCUCUGCUAAUAAAUGAUAUAAAAUUCCGUUGCGUUGUGUAUAAUAAGUUGGAUAAAAUGAUAUUACCAAAUGAUGCAGAACUCCGGUGGAUGAUUCGAAUUUUAUGCGCAUCGUUCGAAAGAUUGAUCUACGAUAAAAAAGGGUACCCAACAUGUGAUGAACAAUGGAGGCUCGCUAAAACCAUUAUACGCACGUUUCCGGUAUUAAAAGAGUCCAGAGUCAACGGCAAUGCGCCAUCAGAGUCUGCUUUCUUCUGGUGGCAUAGUGGCAAUGAAAAAGGACCCCAUUCGGGUUAUAUUUAUCAUCGAGUUCGCAACAUGAUCAAAGCAUUACCUAAAGAGUUGAAAAAGUACCAAAGAAUUUCUGGACCCGAGGUGGCAAAUUCAGUUUCAAAUGCAAUCCUGGAAAAAGCAACUCAACUAUCGACAGUCAUGGCUUCCUUAGAAAAAUACAACGAGAUUAAGCAGGGAAUGGACGAAUGCUUCCCGCUGCACAAAUUAUUACUCAAAGAAAAAAAAGGUACCAAAGCUAUCAUCCAAACAUUUCCACAUAUAACAUCGUUCAAAGGAAGGAUGAUCCAUGCCGCAUUCUACCGUUUGAAUCCUACCGUUGCAAAAGAUAUUGAUUUCACACCCAUUUUGUCCCAAGGGUUGCUUCUACUUCCAAACAGCUUCAAGGAAGUUGAGGACGUUCAUCUAAGAGGAUUGCUCAGAAUUUUCGCAAGCUUGUCUAAAAAAGGAGUUCACGCAUCUGGUGAUAUGGUCUGGGAUUCGCCAGAACAACUCUAUGCUGCACCUGUCAUCCAGUGGACGCAGAACUUGACUGAUUAUUUGGCACUGGCAGAGCUAACGCCGCAUCUGGUUUGCGAAGCCGACAAGUUUAAAACAGGAACAUACAGUGUUCUUAUGGAUGGGGUGAUCAUAAUGACGGACUCGUCCAUCAGAAACGUCAUUGACACGUUCUUCAAGGCCUUCUUUGUCUUUGGGGUACCAGUUCCGGCACGGCUUUUAAUGUUAGAAGAACUAAUGUCCAUACUUGUGUAUAAAACGCGGAAUCAAAGCUCACGCAAAACAGUAAAUCAAAUUGCAAUGUCCAUAAAUGAAACAUUAAAUGCUCAGCUUGUUUAA